AGAAAACGACCUCCAUUUUCACGAAGGAAGUCGCGCAGUCCGUGCGAAGAAGUUGUAGGAAACCCAUUAUCCAACGACGACCGUGGAACUUUAGGCGUUCAGUUCAGCAGUACUCUAAAUCCAGCAGCAGCAAUCCGCAGAAACAACAACGAUGUCGAUGAUUUCUGCCCGUCUGGCGGCCUCCGUGGCUCGCAGCCUGCCCAGAACCGCGACCCAGGUUGCUAAGAUUGCCGUGCCGGCCGUUUCGGUUGCCGCUCGCAACUUCCACGUUUCCACUGCCAACCGUGGUGCUGAAAUCUCCGCCAUCCUCGAAGAGCGCAUCCUCGGAUCGGCCCCGAAGGCUGACCUGGAGGAAACUGGCCGUGUGCUUAGCAUCGGUGACGGUAUUGCCCGUGUGUAUGGUCUGAAGAACAUCCAGGCCGAUGAGAUGGUGGAGUUCUCCUCCGGUCUUAAGGGUAUGGCCCUUAACUUGGAGCCGGAUAACGUUGGUGUGGUCGUGUUCGGUAACGACAAGCUGAUCAAGGAAGGCGAUAUCGUCAAGCGUACCGGUGCCAUUGUCGACGUGCCGGUCGGUGAUGAAAUCUUGGGCCGCGUCGUUGAUGCCCUCGGUAACGCCAUCGACGGUAAGGGUGAAAUUAAGACGAAGCAGCGCUUCCGUGUCGGUAUCAAGGCCCCGGGCAUCAUCCCGCGUGUGUCUGUGCGCGAACCCAUGCAGACCGGUAUCAAGGCCGUCGAUUCGCUUGUCCCGAUUGGUCGUGGCCAGCGUGAGCUGAUCAUUGGUGAUCGUCAGACUGGCAAGACCGCUCUGGCUAUCGAUACCAUCAUCAACCAGAAGCGCUUCAACGACGGACAGGAUGAGUCGAAGAAGCUGUACUGUAUCUACGUCGCCAUCGGUCAGAAGCGUUCCACCGUCGCCCAGAUCGUGAAGCGUCUGACUGAUGCCGGUGCGAUGAACUACACCAUCAUCGUGUCCGCCACCGCUUCGGAUGCUGCCCCGCUGCAGUACCUGGCGCCGUACUCGGGUUGUGCCAUGGGUGAAUACUUCCGUGACAAUGGCAAGCACGCCCUGAUCAUCUACGACGAUUUGUCCAAGCAGGCCGUCGCCUACCGUCAGAUGUCGCUGUUGCUGCGUCGUCCGCCAGGUCGUGAGGCCUACCCGGGUGAUGUGUUCUAUCUGCAUUCGCGUCUGCUGGAGCGUGCGGCCAAGAUGAGCCCGACGCUCGGAGGCGGUUCGCUCACUGCCCUGCCCGUCAUCGAAACACAGGCCGGUGAUGUGUCCGCUUACAUUCCAACCAAUGUCAUCUCGAUCACGGACGGACAGAUCUUCUUGGAGACGGAAUUGUUCUACAAGGGUAUCCGACCGGCCAUUAACGUCGGUCUGUCCGUGUCGCGUGUCGGUUCCGCUGCCCAGACCAAGGCCAUGAAGCAGGUCGCCGGUUCGAUGAAGCUGGAGCUCGCCCAGUACCGUGAGGUCGCUGCGUUCGCCCAGUUCGGUUCGGAUCUGGAUGCCGCCACCCAGCAGCUGCUGAACCGUGGUGUGCGUCUGACGGAGCUGCUGAAGCAGGGACAGUAUGUGCCGAUGGCCAUCGAGGAGCAAGUUGCGGUCAUCUACUGCGGUGUGCGAGGUUACCUGGACAAGAUGGACCCGGGCAAGAUUACCAAGUUCGAGAGGGAAUUCCUGGCGCAUGUCAAGACGAACGAGAAGGCGCUGCUGCAACAGAUCGCCUCGGAGGGCAAGAUCUCGGACGAUGCCGAUGCUAAGCUUAAGUCCGUCGUCACCAGCUUCAUGUCUACCUUCUCCGCCUAAAUGGUGCUGAGUAGCGUAUAGUUCCCGGAGCAUUAAAUCGUUUUUUUGCUUUACAAAUUCCUUCUAAGAAGAGACCGAGAGGACG